AUGCCGCUUCUCCGUAAGCAACCAUUUCACAAGCAGAAAAUACCUCAUGAUCUCGAUCCAGAGGAAGAGGUAUUUCAUUGUAAAAUCACAAAUGAAAUUUUCAGGGAUUACAAUGCGUUUUUUGAAAGAAUCAUCCUUUGCAACAGUUUGGUCUGGUCAUGUGCCAUUACAGGCAGAUCAGGACUGACUUUCCAAGAAGCAGAAGAAUGUGAGGAGAAAGCAAAGAAGAACUUGGCAACAUUUCAGGAUAGCCUGAAGAAACCUUUACUGUUUCUAGCAACAUUGACUCACAGAAGUAGACUGAAUGAUUUGAAUGAUGAUGUGUUUGUCUUUGCGAAGGAUCGCUUUUUCAUUGGAGAGACACUUGACAUAAGUAUCGGAGCUCAGAGGACAUCCUGCACCGUUGUUGCUGUUGUGCCUCCAAAAGAAGGGAAAGCCAAUGGAGAUAUCAUUGUCAUUGAAGACUCAGAUGAUGACUCCAAUUCCGCAAAUCCAGAAUCCAAAAGCCAGAGGAAGAAGAAAGGUGGUGCAGGGGAUCCAGCUAAAUAUCAUUACAAGGUCAAGCUGUCUGGCUCAUCAGAUAUUCAGACAGUGGCAGCAACCACGUUAAGUCGGAAACGAGGUCUAUAUUCCCGAGAUAGAAGCAAAUUAUUUCUCAAGCAGCAUUGCGCCCCUGUAGAUGGAUUGUGGAAAGUACAGGAAUCAACUAUGAAAAGACUUAAUCUUGCUGCAGCAAAAUUUGAAGAUUUUUUUGCCGGUCCCCUUCCCGCAUUUGAAUUCUCUGCAGUAAAAAGGAAAAACAACGCGAAGCGAUCUUUUGAAACGUCAUCACCUAUUGAAUUUGAAGAAUCACCAAGCCAUUCCAAGAAAGUGUUGAAAAACAACAAGGGAGAGAAAAUUGAUUCUGAACCCAAUGUGGAGUAUGUCCCUCUGCCAACACCCGAAGACCGAGCAUUAAUGAAAGAAAAGUUGAAACAACAAAAGGUAGAUGAGAAACGAAAGUUUUUGGAAGAGAAGGAGUCAAAGAAAGAAGAAAUGCGACGACAGAUUGAAGCUGAAAAACUUCGCAGGAAAGAGGAAAAAGACAAGGAACGAAUGAAAAAACUGGAAGAAAAAAGAAAAGAGCUUGAACUGUAUCGAGAGUGGGCAAGACCUCGAGAUGAUUUGGAAUGUGAUGAUUUGAAGGAAAUGCCGGAAUUUAUGCCUGUUCACACUAGAGUUCCCAUGGAAUUAUUUGGAGAUGCUGUGAUGAUUCUCGAGUUUGCUCACAUAUUUAAGUCAAUAUUUGACUUCAAGCAGUUUUUCCCUAAAGGGUUAACAUGGUGUAUGAUUGAGUCUGCCCUUAUGGACCACGAACCAGAUGGCCCUCUGUGUGACUUGCUACAGAUGCUGUUGUGUGCCUUAUUUUACCUGCAAGAAGAGGAGGAGGAUGAAUACCAGGAGUUAGAAAAGGCUGAUAAAUCAAAACUGGCUGAAGAAAAAGACGAUGAACUUGAUGAGGAGCAUACAACAAAUGAAGUGAUUCGCGCGGCCACUAUCAUGGCUCAAUUUUCUCCCAGUGUUUUAGGUAUGCCAUUGCGUGACACCUUGCUGGACCAGUUCACUCUGUCAGAGAUAGUCAGAAUUCACUUACUCUCAUCUGGGGCUCGUGCCAGCAGCAAAAGUGCUAGGUUUCGCUAUCAGCAGAGAGGAGGCUACACUCCUCAUGAUGACCCAGGGUUGGAGCUGAAACUAGAAGACCCCGGAUUGGUCAAAACUCUUUCUACCACAAAUGUUUUUGACUUAACACCUGGUGAGAAAGCCAAAAUCAUCAUCACCCUUAUUCAUCAGAUCCUCACAUUUGCCAUGGUCAGAGAUGUUAUUGAGGAUUCUGGUGAGAAAUUGAGGAUCAGAAAGUUUGACCUCAAGCAGAUGCAGUGGGCUGAGCAGAGGAGAGAGAGGGAGGAGCAGGCGCUCAGGUACAAGAAAAAUAUGGAAGAGAAAGCAAAAGAACAAGCACGGAGAAUGCAACAAAUGAUGGCAGACGAAAAUUUGUUACCGGGCGACUUCACUGACCUGGAGAAAAGUCAGGCAGAAAAGGAUGCUGAGAGGCAAAAAGAGCAUGAUAUGGAGGCGCGCAAGAAAGCUGAAUUUUCCAAAAAGGAAUGCGAAGUGCUUGAUGAAAUCAUGUCCCUGCAGAGGAUGGUUUCAGUAUACCCACUGGGAAGAGACCGUUUGUUCAGGAGGUACUAUUUUUUCUCAGCCCUGCCUGGGUUGUUCAUAGAGGACCAUGAGCUGCAUGUCCCUGCUGACAUGUUGAAGCCUGGAGUUGAUACGGCUGGCGCUGGAACUAAAUUAAAGUUGCUUCCUGAACUGACUUUUCAAGGAGAGCAGAAAGUAAAGCGCAAAAAAUCCAACGGGGAUGACUGUAUUGUUAUCAGUGAUGAGGAAAAUGGAGCGAGCGGCAAAAAUAAGAAUGUAAAACUGAAAGAGGAAGUGGAUGAAAAGAUGGAUGUCAAUGAUGAGAGACGUGACACUCCUCCUGUUCUAGAGAGUGAAGAUUCAUUACCGGACCAACAAAAACUUUCCCAGAAUCCAACCUGGUCAUUCAUCGACACGCCAGAGCACUUGGAUGUCUUGAUAAAUUCGCUCAACACCAGAGGUUUCAGAGAGUGUUCGCUGAGGACUGCUUUGAUGGAGUUAAAACCUCUUUUGGAACAUUCUUUGAAGGAGUGUCCAACAGACAUACUCAGCAUGCCUGAGGAAAAGGCGGAGGAAGCUAGGAUUCAGGCACUUGCCAUGACAAGAGGAAUAUCCAGCAAGAAGGCAGCUCAGGAUGCCCUCAUUGUUGAGAAGGCUGAGAUAACCAUGGAACUUAAUCUCCGAGAUGCCAUCUUGGAUAUGGAAGACAGGAUACAUAUAGGAGGCCUUGGCUCAGUUAAGGUUAAAAACAGAACGCUUUGGAGAGAAGCCAUAUUACAACGCAGCUAUAAUUCACAGAGUGAUAACCCCAUUUUUAGUUCCUCAGUGAAACCCCAGUAUAAUGGCGAGGAUGAGACGUCUUCAGAAAUGUCAGAUUCACAGUCGGUGGCCAGGGAUUUAGCCAGGGCUCUAGUUCAGAUAGCCAGAGGUGUCGAGCCUAGGUAUAUGAAAGAACCACUGAAGGAGGAUGACGGAAAGAAAAAGAAAUCUACACCAUCUUCUAAAGACAAAAAGAAAAAGGAAGACGACGAACAUUCUGAUGCAGAAGAAAGCACUGGGCCCAGGAAAACACAGACACUGUAUGAGCGAUGGGAGGAAUCAUUGUUGUCCUCCACCAGUCUGUCUCAGGUCUAUCUUCAUCUGGCUACCUUAGACAAGAGCAUCAUCUGGGCAAAGUCUGCACUGGAGACAAGGUGUAGACUGUGUCGGCGUAAGGGUGACCCUGAUAAGAUGCUCCUUUGUGAUGGCUGUGACAGAGGUCACCACAUGUACUGCUUGAAACCACCGGUAGAGAAAAUUCCAUCUGGUGACUGGUUCUGCUCUGAAUGCCGUCCAAAACAAGCACCCAGAAGUCCUGUCAGGAAGGGAUGGAGAAAGACAUUUACAGAGGAGGAGGAAGAGGAGACACAAGAAGCUGAACAGGAUGAAGAAGUGGAAGAUGAUGACCAGAUUGAUGAUAGUAUAGAUCAACGGACUUUUGAAACUGAAGCUUCGGAAGAGGAAGAUUGCAUGGGCAUUGACAGAGCUGGGAGGAUCAAAAUUGGAGGCAAUAACAAAAAUGGGAAAUCUAAGGCCAAGUCAAAAGAUACAGAAAAAGGAAAAGGCAAAGAGAGGAAAUCAACUGGCAGUGCCAAAUCCACUCCAACAAAUAGUCGGACAGGAUCAAGGAGAGAAAGCCCACAAGACAGUCCGAUCCUAGGAAGGCCUAAGAAACAACACUUGUCGGCCUCAGCUGAAGUGAACAGUAUAGCCAUAUCCAAAGUUAAGAAAGGGAAGCCACGCCCCAAACUCUCUCUUGAUUCCAAUUCAAUGGAGGAUGAUGAUCCAAUCAUCCGCAUGAUGAAGCCCUUAAUGCCCAGCUCCAAGAGAGCCAACAGUCAACAGCAACAGCUGAGAACAACACAAGAUCUCGUCAAUGAGCUGAUUAAACACCAGGAUGCCUGGCCAUUCCUGAAACCAGUGGACAAGAAGCUGGUGCCAGACUACUAUGAUGUUAUUACAAAUCCCAUGGACUUUGGGACAAUCAGAAACAGAAUACAUGCAUUUACAUACAAAAGACCUUCUGAGAUACUGGAGGAUGUGCGGCAGAUAUUCCAUAACUGUGUUGAGUACAACAACCGAGGCAGCCUUGAGUAUAAAGCCUGCCAUAGACUUUCUAAAUACUUUGACAAGCGAGUUAGAGAACUUUCGCUGGCAGAAGACAUUCCUACUCCAGAGAACAGCAAAGGCAGAGAGUCUCUGUGA